AUGGAAGAUGGGGAGAGUAGCACAUUGUCUUGGGUUCAUGGCGACAGCCAGUUGGUGAACAGCUAUGUACCGGAAGCUGGAUCCAGUACCAAGAACUAUCCACAGCUCGUCAGGAUUGAUGUUGUUGAAAAAAGCCACAGCCAGUACCACAACACGCGCCAGUAUCCACAGUGCUUGAAAGAAUCAAAGUGGCUACGAGGACCAGACAUGCUAUGGGAGGAUGCGAUCUCGCGGAAAGAGACAGAGGAGAAGACAAUUGAGGUACUGCCAAAUGAUCCAGAGGAAAAGAAGUCACAGGUACACUCGUUACACUCUGGAACUCAAAGCCUGGAAUUGACCGGACUGAAUUGCUUCUCUACUUGGUUCAAGGCUAAAAGAGCAAUUGCGAAUUGCCUGCUCUUUAUCUCUAGACUGAAACAACGCUGUGAGAACAAGAGGCAUCUAAGAACUGGAGAAAAGGACGAGGAAGAGACUCCAAAGAUCAUUGAAUUGGUGACAAAGAGACAGGACAUUCCUGAGAGGAUGAAGAAGCGUCACAUAAAGAAAGCCAGUCGCCUCUAUGGCUUAGAUCCAUUCCUGGAUAAUGACGGACCAUUGAGAGUAGGAGGGCGGCUACAAAGAAGUGACGAGGCUUAUGAAAGAAAGCAUCUAGUUAUCCUCCCUCAAGGACACCAUGUGACAAAAUUGGUGAUUCUACACUGUCAUGAACAGACCAAGCAUCAAGGGAGAGGCAUGACGCUAAACCGGAUUAGAGAAAGUGGCUACUGGAUACUUCGAAGCAGCAUUCAAGUGGCCAGAUUGAUCAGAAAGUGUGUCAUUUGCAACAGACUGCGCAGUCCAGUUGAAAUGCAGCAGAUGUCUGAUCUACCAUGUGACAGAUUAACUCCCGCACCGCCUUUCACGUAUAGUGGAGUUGAUUGUUUUGGCCCAUGGAUGAUCAAGGAAGGUAGGAAGGAACUGAAAAGGUGGGGCGUCCUCUUUACGUGCACGGCCUCGAGGGCAGUGCAUAUCGAGACUGUGAACUCCUUGUCGACUGAUGCCUUCAUACAAGCAUUUCGUCGGUUCACAGCUUUGAGAGGACAAGUACGUCAACUGAGAGGGACGAACUUUGUGGGGGCUGCCUCAGAGUUCAAAAAAGCAUGGUCUGAGAUGGACCAUGAGAAAGUCAAGGACACCCUAUUGAAAGAAGGAUGUGACUAUGUGAAAUUCGUCAUCAAUGUUCCCUCUGCGAGUCACAUGGGAGGCGUGUGGAAACGUCAGAUCCGCUCCAUACGCAGUGUGCUGGAUGCCUUGAUGUUCCAGUCUGGUAGACAGCUAGAUGACGAGUCCUUGCGCACCUUGAUGUGUGAGGCAGCUGCAGUUGUCAACAGUAGACCCCUGACGGUGAAUCAUCUCGACGACCCGACGUAUCCAGCACCUCUUACGCCGAAUCAUAUAUUGACGAUGAGGUCUACAGUUCUCUCUUCUCCACCGGGCAACUUCCAGAGUGCUGAUCUCUAUUCUAGAAAACGAUGGAGGAGAGUGCAACAUCUAGUAAAUGAGUUCUGGAAGCGCUGGAAAAAGGAGUUUCUUCAAGGCCUGCAGGUUCGACAGAAGUGGAUGCGCCCUCAACGUGAUGCCAUGGUACACGAUGUGGUGAUCAUCAAAGAUGACAACGCGCCGAGAAACCAAUGGGCUAUAGCGAGGGUCAUCGAAGUCUUCCCAUCUGUCGACAGUCGCGUACGCGAAGUGAGACUCGCUGUAGGAGAUCCCAGGAUCGACAACAAGGGAAAGCGUGCAGGACCCAUUAGCGAACUAGAACGUCCGAUCCACAAGUUGGUAUUAUUGUUACCGAAAGAAAACCAGGAAGAAUUCCCCGUCGAGGAGCCAUCUGUAUAG